AGCACCCUUGUCCCCAUGAAGGAGAUUCCUGCGGUCCCAGCUGCAGCAGAUGGUCCUGUGGGAAGGGCCUGGUCAGUUGCAGAGGGCUCUGGCUGCCUGGGUUCUGGUGGAGCGGUGUUGCUGAUGGUGUGCUUUGCUCCUGCAGGGCUGGUGAGCUGCACCUUCUUCCUAGCAGUGAAUGGUCUGUAUUCGUCCAGCGACGACGUGAUCGAGUUAACUCCGUCCAAUUUCAACCGAGAAGUCAUUCAGAGUGAUAGUUUGUGGCUUGUAGAAUUCUACGCUCCAUGGUGUGGUCACUGCCAAAGGUUAACACCAGAGUGGAAGAAAGCAGCGACUGCCUUAAAGGAUGUUGUGAAAGUCGGUGCAGUAGAUGCAGAUAAACACCAGUCCCUCGGAGGUCAGUAUGGCGUCCAGGGGUUUCCGACCAUCAAGAUUUUUGGAUCCAACAAAAACAGACCGGAAGAUUAUCAGGGUGGCAGAACCGGUGAGGCCAUUGUCGAUGCUGCCCUCAGUGCCCUGCGCCAGCUCGUGAAGGAUCGCCUGGGGGGAAGGAGCGGCGGCUACAGUUCUGGAAAACAGGGCGGGAGCGAGAGUCCGAGUAAGAAGGAUGUGAUCGAGCUGACGGACGACAGCUUCGAUAAGAACGUCCUUGACAGCGGAGAUGUUUGGAUGGUGGAGUUUUACGCUCCCUGGUGUGGACACUGCAAAAACCUGGAGCCAGAGUGGGCCUCCGCGGCCACCGAGGUGAAAGAGCAGACGAAGGGGAAAGUGAAGCUGGCUGCUGUGGACGCCACGGUCAACCAGGGGCUGGCCAGCCGAUACGGGAUCAGGGGAUUUCCCACAAUCAAGAUAUUUCAGAGAGGCGAGUCUCCCGUGGACUACGAUGGUGGACGGACGAGAUCCGACAUAGUGGCGCGGGCCCUCGAUUUGUUUUCCGACAACGCCCCCCCUCCGGAGCUGCUCGAGAUCGUCAACGAGGAUGUCGCCAAGAAGACAUGUGAGGAGCACCAGCUCUGCGUGGUGGCCGUGCUGCCCCACAUCCUCGACACGGGAGCUGCAGGCAGAAAUUCUUACUUGGAAGUUCUUCUGAAGUUGGCAGACAAAUACAAAAAGAAAAUGUGGGGGUGGCUGUGGACAGAAGCUGGAGCCCAGAGUGACCUGGAGAGCGCGCUGGGCAUCGGAGGGUUCGGAUACCCCGCCAUGGCAGCCAUCAAUGCACGCAAGAUGAAGUUCGCCCUCCUGAAAGGGUCUUUCAGCGAGCAGGGCAUUAACGAGUUUCUCAGGGAGCUGUCCUUUGGGCGUGGCUCUACAGCACCCGUGGGAGGCGGGGCUUUCCCUGCCAUCUUCGAGAGAGAGCCCUGGGACGGCAGGGACGGCGAGCUUCCCGUGGAGGAUGACAUCGACCUGAGCGACGUGGAGCUGGACGACUUGGGGAAGGACGAGCUGUGAGCCGCAGCAGAGGCUUCACGUGCUUUUCUUUUCUUGGGAGCAAGCGGGUUCUCAGCAGUAAAGGAGCCUCCUUUACCGUCAGGUGACUCUACCAGUGGCCUUUACCCAGGACGUGGCUCUUGAUGGGUCAUCUGAAGACACUGUAGCGCUGAACUGUUGCCUCUCAAGAAAACACGGGAAAAUUCUAUGAAUUGUAACCAGUGAAUCGGAUUGUACGUAACAUCUGGAAGGAAGCUGGGUGGUUGACAUUCUCCUCCGACUGCUGCUUGAAUGUUCUUGGAGGCUGUAUCUUAAACAGGUUUUUUAAUGUGAUCCCUUUAUUUGAAUAUGAAUGGCUUUUUCCAUUAAAGAAUAAAAAUAUUUUGGACAAUGCCAAUAAAUCUAUGAAGUUAG